AACUGUUUAACACCAGUUGCAGAGGCAAACCACCGGUUAAAGAAAAUCAAAACCCUAAUACCAGUUGCGUCGAAACAUUCGGUCUGAAUUAAAUACCGAACCUAUUAUUGUUGCUGAUAAUCUUCCUGCUAUCAAAGAGAUUGCUGCUACUGUUUGCUCAUAUAUUCUCCAAGUGAGUCAUUCGUUCUUCCGUAUUGUCUCAGUUCCAAACCUAUAAUUGUUGGUGAUAAUCUUCAUGCUGCCAAAGAAAUUGCAGCUACUACUUGCUCAUACAUUCUCGAGGUGAUUCCUUUAUUUAAAGUUGCUGCUUAUUCUCGGAUUGUAUAACAUGAUGAUACGUACGGCUAUGAUGGAAAUUUAGUUCAGUACUUUCUCAGUUUAACUCGCGUGCAAUAACAAAGAGAAGGAAAAAAUGGUGGCUGCAUCAGGAAAUCCUUUUGCCAAGGAGAUGGCUAUACGGAAGAGAAUCUUGAACAUAUACAAUAAGAGAGAAGAAGACUUUUCCUCAUUAAGAGAAUACAAUGAUUAUCUAGAGGAAGUGGAGGACAUGACAACUAACUUGGUAGAGGGCAUAGAUGUAGCUGCUAUCGAAGCUAAAAUUGCCCAAUACAAGGAAGAAAAUGCCGAACAGAUAACUCUUUCUCAAGCUCGCAAGGCAGAGGAAUUAGCAGCAGCUCUGCAAGCAAGCAAAGGAGGAGUGGUCAUGCAGAGUGAUGCAACUGAUGGGGCCAUGAAUCAAAGCUCUCAAGGGUUUACUGGGCAGGGGCAGUAUGUGCCAGCAGUUGCUGGGGCUAUGGGUCAACCUCGGCCAACAGGCAUGGCCCCACAACCUGUUCCAUUAGGUCAUGAUAUGCAUGGUUAUGCAGUUGAUGAUGAGGAAAUGAUGAGGCUCAGAGCAGAGAGAGGUGGAAGGGCCGGAGGAUGGAGUAUAGAACUAAGCAGGAAAAGGGCACUUGAGGAAGCCUUCAGUAGCAUUUGGUGGUUCUUCAAAACAAUUACAUUCAGGACCCUAGAUUCUAAUGUGGGAGAUAGUGAUCGAGAAUGGAUGGCGCCAGAAAUGGAAGGUAAGGAAAGGGCAUGUUAGGGGUUCCCGUGUUUAUGAAUGACGAAUUUUUCGUCCGUCAAUUCUACCUCAACACAAACUGAACCUUAGGAGCAGAUAACUAGCAAGGAAAUUCCAAAAAUGCCAGAAUGUUAUUUUGGGGACGACAAAAUAAGGUUAUAAUGAGGGUAAGGGGCAAUGAUCCUUAGUCUGGUAUUUUCAAUAAUGCUCAUAUUACUGAUUUUCAGAUAAUUUGCCAAAUUAGGUUGAGAUUUUCACACUCAUUUUGUUUUUCCAAUCGUGAAAAAUUAGGAUUUUUUUUCCCUAAUUUUCUUUUUGCCAAGAACACGGAAAAACCAGCUGAGAUUUUUCUUUGAUUCGUUUUCUUUUUACCUGUCAAAUUGAGGUUUCCUUGAAUUUUAUCUUCUAACUUUGUUAUUCGUCAUGUUUCUUUUUACUUCUUGCUAUUGGCGAAAAUAGUUUUGAUCCCAAUUUCACCAUUCGAACUACAUAAUGGCUAAAAAUCUCAUCGUACUUUAUCAGGUUACAAAACUCAGUAAGGAUAAUUUGGUGUAAUUUUGUAAACUUGAAUCCGAAUGUCGUUUUUUUCUUUCUGGCUCAUUAGCUUAAACCCAUGUCUUA